AGACAAGGGGCAGCAACAGCAUCUCUGCUCGCGUGGGCGCAGGACAUGGUACAGGGUGCCCAGGGCCUCAGCCGUGCUGUCCUGUGCCUGUCCCUCGCAGGGUGCAUGGCCUGGAGGUGCAGGGCCGGGACUGUGGCGAGGCGGCUGCGCAGUGGAUAACCAGCUUCCUGCAGUCACAGCCCUGCCGCUUGGUGCACUUCGAGCCGGACAUGCGGCCCCGGAACUCUCGGCAAAUCAGGGCAGCAUUCGCGCCUUCGGACCAGGUUGCCUACUCGGAUGCCAGCCCGUUCCUGGUUCUCUCUGAGGCCUCCCUGGCCGAUCUGAACUCCAGACUGGAGAAGAAAGUGAAAGCGUCUCACUUCCGGCCCAAUCUCGUCAUUGCGGGAUGUGGCGCCUACGCAGAGGACUCCUGGGACGAGCUCCUCAUUGGGGACGCGCGGCUGCGAAGGGUGAUGCCCUGCACCAGGUGCAUCCUCACUACGGUGGACCCGGACACCGGCGUCAUGAGCAGGAAGGAGCCGCUGCAGACCCUGCGGAGUUAUCGCCAGUGUGACCCUUCAAAACAGAAGAUAUAUGGACAGUCACCGCUCUUUGGACAGUACUUCGCUCUGCAAAGCCCAGGGACAGUCAGGGUGGGAGAUGCUGUGUACUUGCUGGGCGAGUAGUGGGAAUCCGUGUCCUGGAUGUUGGACGCCUCCCUAAAGUCCUCCAAGAUGACUGCAUGUGGCACAGUGCCUGAGAUCCACGACUUAAGUACAAGGUUUAAUUUGGUUCACGGUUUCAAGAGAACGGUCCCUGGUUAUCAAGCCUUUGUCUUCUUUGCAGCUCCAGAUCUGUAAUUUCUGCAUGUUUUUCUAAGGACGAUUAAAUUAGAGCUAGAUGGAGAUGGAUGAGACUUCCUGGGUGUUGCGAUUUAGACCUGAAAUGUCGUCAGAAGUCUCCAGUGUGUGGCGGAAGGUGGUGGGAUCAUGGGGCGUGGUGCUCCUGGGCAUUCCUUCGCCCAGCCGGGUUGACACAUUGGGGCAACA